GGGAGCCCGGAGUCCGGAGCCCUGCGGGCAAGGGGCCGGGGGCGCAGCGGUCUGGGGGUCACGAGUCCCGGGGGGUGGUUCAGGAGGUCCGGAAUCUGGAGGCUGUGACGCCUGACACCUAGAUGUGAAAGCCUUAGCGGUGCUAAUGGAGACAUGCAGUGCAUGCCCACACUUCGACGGCAUGAGCAGAGCUUUGGCUCAGGCGAGCCGGCCGGGCUGAUCCCGGCCCAACUGAUCCUGGCCCAGCCAUGCCCUCUGUGACAGCCAUGCCAGGCUGCAUCUUCUCAGGGACCGAGGCACCUGGGCUGUGUCUGAUCCAGAGAUAACAGCAGCAGCCUGAGCUGGGACCAGACAGCUGAAGUUGCUGCAGCCGCACACGUGCACAGACACCAAGGCAGGGUUUGACUGCAAGUCCAUCGUUCUGUCUUGUCAGCUUCUGUGGCUCCCUGAGCCCCCUGAGCUCUGCUGCUGAUCUCCCUGUGAGCAGGGACACCUCUCCAAAUUACUCCUCAGGGCUGAAAGACCCUUUAUCAGCGUCUGACCUCUUCAACAAGAUGUCAUGUCCAGAGGGACUGGAUGCCCUGGCAGACGUGGAUCUGCUUGACUUUCUCCUGAACGAUGAUGCUUCCUGCCCUGAAAUCCCAGAGGAGCAGAAUGGUCUCCUGGAAGACUGGGUCCUGCCAACGCCUGAGCUCCUGGACAAGGAGAUGGAUGACUUCAUCAGCUCACUGCUGAGCCCCUUAGAAGAUGAACCAGGCAUGCUCGAUUAUUUGCCUGCCAGCAGUGACAGCAGCAUUUCUGAGGAUCAGCGUCUGUCCCCUUUCCCUGGCAGCAGUUUUGCCAGCAGAGACAUUGUGCAGGUUGAUCACAACUAUUCUCUCCAUUGGCCUGUGCUGGAAAGCGUGAGGUCUGACGUGGCAGAAGGAGAUGUUACUAUUGAGCUGGGAACAUGGGUGGGUUUGGACGGCACAAGCAAGGCACUGGAACAGAGCUCUGGUUCCCCCAUUGCUGUUGAUGUGGAUUCUGAACCUCAGCUUGUGCCUGGAGCCAUCGUGCAGUCUGAUUUCCCAGAGCUGGUCCUGACAGAGGAGGAAAAGCAGCUUCUGGAGAAAGAAGGCGUUACAUUACCAACGUGUCUGCCGCUGACCAAAGCUGAAGAGCGAAUUCUGAGAAAAGUGCGUCGUAAGAUCCGGAACAAGCAGUCAGCUCAGGACAGUCGUCGCAGGAGGAAGAUCUAUGUGGAUGGCCUGGAAAACAAGGUGGCAGCCUGUACAGCUCAAAACCAUGAACUGGAGAAGAAGGUGCAGCAGCUGCAGAAGCAGAACAUGUCACUGCUCAGGCAGUUGCGGAAGCUGCAGGCCUUGGUGAGACGAUCCACCCCGAAAACCAUCAGAAGAAAAACCUGCACAAUGAUCGUGUUUCUGUCCUUCUGCCUCAUUCUCUCCCCCAGCAUCCGCUCAUCUGGGAGCACAGAGCCACAGCUGGAGCCCAAAGUGCUGUCACGGCAGAUCCGCGAGUUCCCGAACCAGGGAGCACCUGAUAUGCAGCAGGAUACUGAGCUGGAGGGCUUCAGCCUAGAGCCUGGGGACUCCUCACUGUCAGGCAAUCUCAAUCAGUCAUGGGAAGAGGGGCAGAGACCACUUGACCCCGAUCUCAUACCUUUCAACAGCAACUCAUCUUCUGAUCCCCCGGCAGCAGCAGGCUCCGAGCUGGGCCCACCCCAGAGCGACCCUUUGCCAGCAGCGGUGCUGGUGCCGUGGAAAGCCAAGGGUCAGGAGUGGGUGGAACACCCUGACAGAGUUCUCAUCCAGCAGCACCAUGCCAACGAGAUGUGACCAGUGCUGCCUCCUUGGGGUGAUGCUGGGCACCCCACGGGGCAGGGACAGAGCUGCAUUAACAUAAUCUAUCCAAGCAGUUUCUUCUGAAUACUCUCCAGAUUGGCAGCACCUCAGAGGGUUUACCAGGGAAGAAUCAUUCUGACACCAUAGCAGGGCUCCAUCUGAGACAGGACAGGAAAUUCUGGAAACUUCACUAUGGCUGCUGAUGUGACUUGCAGCCUGGAGUGUAUCUUGUGGCUUGUGGGGAUGGGCUGUGAUGUGGAGGGUGAAGGCGAUCGGGCCUGAGGCGCCCGUGCUUGGUUUGACUGGAUGCACUUCAUGGUGGAGGCCACUGGCCUGCUUCUUCCCUGCCCAGGUGGAAAUGAACAGGCACCUCUUUACUCUGUGUGGUGGCUGCAUGCAUCUGUCCCACCUCCCUUCCCCUUAAUCCUGCAGUGUUGCCUGAUUUCUAGGUAGUGAGACCUGACCUUCAGUCCCCUCACAGGGAGUGGUCCUGCCUGCCACUGCGACAGACCCUGUGUGUCGCCUGUUCCUGCUAGCUUUUGAGCCAUGGCCACAGCUCCCAGCCUGGCUAGAGAAGGUAAUGUGGAGUCCUUCCUGAGCCAUGUGUGCUGUUUGCCAACUGUAAGGGCUGAGCCUUUCAUCUCCUGCAGGCUUCUGGGCCUCAGGGAGCUGGCAUACCUUGAGCCAGACUGCUGAGGCAGCAUGGACAGCGAGCAGCAGAGAUGCUUGCUCUUGAAGGCUUUCCUGGCCACAGGAUGGUUUCAAAGCCAUGUCCUCGUGUGCCCAAGCCUUGCUGUGCUGGCUGAUGAUGCAGUGAACUGGUUCUGGUUGCUCCCCAGGGCUGAGCAGAAACACUUUGAGCUGGUGAACGGUAUCUUUCCUGAAGUGCAGCUUAGUGGUGCCUGUAGAUCAAUCUCCUCAUCCGACUUCAGGACAUUUCAUAGAGUCAUGUAGAAUGGUUUGGGCUGGAAGAGACCUGUAAAGGUCAUCUAGUCGUGUUCCCCCUGCAAUAAGCAGGGACAUCUACUGGAUCAGAAAAAUAAUAGCUUCCUUAUUAAUAAAGUCUAAAUAAAUACUAA